UCUUCUUCUUCUUCUUCUUCUUCAAAAAAGAGCUCAUUCAAAGUUUACUUAAGUAAAUAAACAAAUAAUCCAUGCAUCAGUCUAUAUCAAGUUCAUUCGAUUCUGAUGAUAACAAUAUAGUAAUGAAUAGUAGAAGUGUUGACAGUAAUAAUAAUAAUAAUAAUGCUAUUAUAAAUGAUAAUAUCAUUCGUAAACUAAAAGUAACUAACUCCACAACCGGUUAUGAUGUAAUGGUCAAUCAUAAUUUGAAAAGAUCAUGUAAUUCCAUAAAGAAAAUAUUUCAUCGAAGAAUCAUUUCGACAUCAUUUUCUGAAACAACUAAUAAUAAUGUACAUUGGAAUAAAUUAUCGGAUGAUGAUGAUGAUAAUGAUGGUUCAUCAGCUAUCACAUCAAGAUUAACAAGUAAUAAAUCAUCACAUAUAUCUUUUGAAAAUUUAUCAGGAAAUUCCACAAUACCAUUGACAUCACUUGUUACAAGUGACAUGAUGACAACGACAAUAUCAACUACAAUGUCAUUUGGAAAAAUGACAAAUGAUGUGAAAAUAAGAAAUAAACCAACAUCAACUGAUUUAUUAAAUGUACAAAGAAAAUUGCAAAGGCAAUGGGCUACAUGUAGUUCAUUAUAUAACAAUAAUAAUUCUAAUAAUAUUUACCAAACAACUAAUAGUACAGGACUAUAUGAUCUAAAUUCAAUAAUUUCAAAUCGUAGAUCUGGAACAACAAAAAGAAAAAAUAAAUCUCGUUGGUUAUUUUUAUGGCGUCAAUCUGUUGAUCAUGGGAUCGAUUCUACAACAAACUGGUCGAAUAAAACAAGGGUUGAUAUGAGAAGAAGAUUAUUUAGGAAGCUUGGAUACAAAUCGGCAAAUGAAAUGUAUUUAUCAGAAAAUACCUCAUUAACAAGUGAAUCUAAUGGAUAUAUAAAUAAUGCAGGAAGAUUUCGUUCAGAAGUUAAUGUAAUUCCUAAUAGAAAAGUCAAAGAAUCAUCACCUAAUUAUCUUAAUUCAAUAUCAUUUGAUUUAUCAUUAAAAGUGAAAGAUUCACCAAUAUCAUUAUCAAAAAAUCAUUUAUCCAUUGAAAAUUUUGAAAAUACAAAUGAUGAUGAUGAUGAUAGUGUUAAAAAUUAUGAUUGUUUAUCUAUAUCUGAUGAAUUACGAUCAAAUGAAGGCGUACUUAAUCUUCAUCCAAGUGGUUUUAGUGAUACUCAACUUAUUGAUCAUUUCAGGGAUAGAUUACUUACAACAUCAUCACGAAUACAACAAAGUCAAAGAUCAUUACAACAAUCCUCAUAUGAAACUGGAUUAAAUCAGUUAUAUAGUCCUGAAAUUCCACCAACUUCAACAAUACAAGCAACAACACAAACAUUUGGAACAGAUAAUAAUGUGACAAAUUUUGAUGAUGAAUACUUUAUGUUUGAUCAUGAUCCACAUUCAAUUUAUUAUAAUAAUUCAGGAAUGAAUUUUAAAUCUACUACUACACCAUUGCAUUUAGAAAAUCCUGAACGUGAGACAAGAUGGUAUUUCAAAUAUUUUCUUGGCAAAUAUCAUCAACUACAUUGUGGUUACCUUACUGAACGUGAUCCAUUUUUACUGGCUGUUGUCAAAGAUGAUAUACAAACAUAUGGAAUUAGUCAAUAUCGUGCAAUUUUAUGGAGAAAAACAGGUAGUCAAAAAUUAUGUAUAUCUUAUAAUCCAACAAAUGCAUUGACCGCAAAAAAGGUAUUAAACUUUUUCGAUAUUCAUCGUGUAGAGAAAGGACCACGUGGAAUAUUGAAUUUUGAAGCACAAAAAGAUGCACUUACUUUAGAAGAACAAGAAGGUUCAGUAAAUUUUAAAUUUGGAGUACUUUAUUGCGUUGAAGGUCAAACAUCAGAUCAAGAAAUGUAUAACAACGAAAAAGGGAGUGAACAAUUUGAACGUUUUAUUGAUCUUCUCGGAGAAAGAAUUGGCUUGAAAUCUUGGGAUCGAUUUAAAGGAGGGCUAGAUACAAAAUCGAAUACAACAGGUAUUGAUUCAGUGUAUACAAUCUAUGAAGGUCAUGAAAUAAUGUUUCAUAUAUCUACUUUAUUGCCGUAUUCUACAGAGAAUCGACAACAGAUUGAACGAAAACGUCAUAUUGGGAAUGAUAUAGUCAACAUUAUAUUUGUUGAUGGAUGCCCACCUGGACAACAACCAUCAUGGACUCCAUCUAUGAUGAGAACUCAUUUUACUCAUAUAUUUGCUGUUGUAACAUACGAUAAUGAAGCCAAUGUUUACAGAUUGAAUAUAUUUGCUGAAGAAUCAGUUCCAUUUUUUGGACCACCACUUCAUAAUCCUCCAGAAUUUAAAAACUCACAGGAAUUUCGUGAAUUUCUUUUAGUGAAAUUAAUCAAUGGUGAAAAGGCUGCUUUUAGAUCCCCAGUAUUUGCACAAAAACGACAACGCACCUUAGAAAUGCUAUUGAAUGCAAUAUGUACUACUUAUACAAAUGAAGCAAAUAAUGGUGCAAUUUAUAGACGAUCAUUUAGUGAUGUUGUAGUAGAUUCUUUCAAUGGAGUAACAACUAGUAAAGAACAAAGUCGUAAUGAUGCACAUAUCAGAUAUGGACAAAUGUUGAAGUUGAAUACAAUAAUUAGAGGAGAUGCUCCAACCAGUUCCAUAACUAGUGGUCAAUCAAGAAAAAAUUUAUGGCAGCCUAAAUUAAUAUACAAAUGUACUCAAUCAGAGAUCAUAUGUGGAGAUGUAUGGGGUGAACAACUAAUUGUGACUACUGAACAAGGAACGUUUGGUUUUAAAGAUCGUGAACCGCCUGUUUUAUUAAUUGAUAAAAAUGUGGAAGUGAAACAAUUAGAAGUAGCCCAAUUUGAACUACUGAUUAUUCGUUAUGAUAAAGGUAGAGAAGGAAAAAUUGCAGUGAUACAAUUAAAUUGUUUAACAUUAACUAAACCAUUUGAUAGAUCACAAGUUAAAAAACUUAGUUUAGAGAAAACAAAAGGUGCUCAAUUAUUCGCUAUUAGUAAAAGUCCUAGUCAUCCAUUAAGAUUAGCAGCUGCUGUAAAUCGAAAAAUUGUAAUUUUUCAAUGGCAUUUAUUUACUGGUCGUUCUUUAUCUUCAUGGAAUCAAUUAGCACAACCAGAUCCUGUUGAAAAUUUUCAAAUAAUUAGAGAAGUUCAUAUGGUUGAUUCAAUACAAACUUUGAGUUUUGUUGAAGGUAUCCCCGGUGGGAAACUAUGUGUAGGAUAUAGAAAUCAAUUUAUUUUAUUAGAUGAACGAAGUAAAGAAACAACACAAUUAUUUCGUACUGAAGGUAGUCGAAAUCAAGUUGUUUCUGCAUUGGAAUUAUGGGCUGAUGAUGAACACGAACUGCUACUUUGCUUCACAAGAACAUGUCAUUUUCAAAAACUUUCCCUAAUUACACCUGGUAUUAGUAGUUGUCGUCAACCGAUCCCUACUAACAGCCCGAUUGAUUUAAACUUUAACUGGAGUAUGAAGUCAUCAAUGGAGAUAAAUACAAAUAAAUCAUCACCGGCAUUAUCUCAAGUACAAGGAUCUAGUUCAAUAGAUUCCCCAAGUUCAACAACAAGUGGAUCAUCAAUGGCUAGAAGUUGUUCUCCCGAACCAUCAUUCAAUUCCAUGAAUUUAAAUUUAACAUGUGAAGAAAAGGUGAAAACCAGUGAUUGUGAUUUUGCUUGGACAUUCGAACCACAACAAGUUGCUGUGUGCUUUCCAUACAUUUUCGGAUUUAACCCAUCUGCAAUUGAAAUACGUUUAUUAAUUAAUGGAAGCUUAGUGCAUACAAUGCUUGUAACUGAUUGUCGAUUGAUUACUGUUAAGGGUGACAUAUACUUUACAUCGACUUCAGAAACAUUGGAUUAUAAAACGAGUCCAACAAUCAAUAAUAAUGCCGUUACAAGUAAUACUAGUAAUGAUAACAAUACAAAACAAAAUGAGAUAAAGUCUGUAAUACAAGCAGUAGAUCACUUAAAUUUAGACGACAAUCACCAAACCAAUGUCAACUGAAAUGACAGUCACUGUGAAGUGGACGAGCACUCAGAUGGGGACAACCAAUUUAUUGUGUAAUACAAAAUUACAAAAUAUCUUCGUCAAGUAUGAGAACCAUACAUUAAAUGCUUGAUUUGCGAAUCUUCCAUCAAUCGUCCUUCACAUUCUGUAUAGUUCUUCCGAUUUAUCAUUCCUACUUGUUUAUAUUCCCGUUCUCUUCGAUUCGAUUUUGUCAACCUUCUGCUAUCAGGCAUUCAACUUCUGAUUAGUGUUACAUACUACUUAUGUUGACAGACGUAAGUAGCAUACACCACAUCUGUAAUUAUGCACUGAAGUAUCAAUAAUUCAAAUACUAAUGAAACUUUAACUCCACAACAGUUAGAUCUCAUUAUAUUACUUCAUGCUCACAUAAAAAACGUAUUAUUAUCUAGAUCUCUAGAGAAGUUUUAAAAGUAACUACAACCCUUAUAGUAGAUACCAAUGAUUUGUGUAACCUGACCAAACAGAAUAUGUUUUUAUGGAUAGUAAGAUUUUAAGUAGUACACUCUUGAAGAUGACUAUAACGAUUUAUAAAAGUACCAUGUAUCAUCGACACCUAGAGUUUAAUUUAUGAUACGCAAUCAGUUAAAUUUAAACUAAGUACUACUUAAUAAUCUAAAGGUGUAAAUAAUUUUCUCCUACCUAGAAUAGUUCUGAAUGUGAUACUGAAUGUCACAGGCAUUAACCCUUUCUCAAAAUUGUGGAAAAGCCAUGUUAGUUGGUGACAAUCACUCCCUUGACAAUUUCUCACAAUCACUUAAUGAUAUAUCUUAAACAGGAAAAUGCCUUCGACUAAUUUAAAAUUUAUAAGUAUAUCAAGUACAAUAACGCUCGAAACUUCUAAUAAAUUUAUAUCUUAUAUCUUUAGACAAUUGUUGAGGCGAUCCAGAAACCUUCUCGCAAUAGAAAUAACAAGCUCAGGAAACAUUAAGAAGCAUU